AUGGAUGCUGGGGAUGAUAUAGAAGAUUCUUUCAAACUCAAGGAUCUUUGGCAGACCUCGAGCUUUGCACUUGAGACACUUCCGCCGCUCGAAUCGACCCAUUUCGAUUCGGCCCUUUCAGAUAUUCCAAAUGGGCUUUUUAGCUCGCCAUUACACGACUUUAGUAAAAAUGACUCCAUACUCUACGAAAUCAAUGUCUUCGGUACCGAUGAUACGGAAAACCUCUCGGUCGAGCUCCCCGACGUAGCGCAGUCUAGUACGGACGAUGACAAUACGGAUAUCAAUUCUACGAGUGAAGAUCAAGACCAAGAUCAAGACAACCCAUGGAAUAUAGGCUCCCUCCUAGAAUAUCUUCAUGAAGCGCCAACGGGUGGACCGAAACUUGCAUCCUGGGAUGGUUUCCUGGAUCGCCAUUAUAAGGAACCCGCAUCCGCAUAUCUGAGCGAAUUCGGUAACAGAGGAUUUGACGCAGCAUUAUCACAUCAAGCUACUGUCAGUGGGCUGGAGAACGCCGGCCGUAUAAUACGAUCGUCGGUAUUCUUGGAUAGUCUCAUUCGUCUCGGACUGGGAUGGAAUUCCAUGCUUUUUCAUUAUAAUGAGCAGAAGAGAGUCUUUGAAAAGAGUAUACAGGACAUACGUAUCACUGGACUCAGUCUUAAAGCUCUUGAUAGUAUGAUUAGUGAUAUUUCACGAUGUGGUACGGAUGUCCAGAGAAUACGAAAAUUUGUACGAGCAAAUCCAUCAAUCACUGACCAGCCUUCUGCGCUGUCAAGCUUGGCCAGUGCUCUCUCUGUAUUGCUUUACAGCCUUGAGAAGCAGCUUUCUGGACACUUGCGUGUCAAUGUCUCCUUGAUACAGGUCCACAAUUUGUUUCAAAAAUGUGGUCACCUGGUGAGCACGCUGGCAGACAUAGCCACAACAGCAGAAAAAGCCCGUAGCGAAAGCGAUGUUAUUUCUGUGCUUUUGUCUAAAAGUGAAGAUUAUGAGCAGCGGGUUCCCUGGUUGGCAAAUACUCUUCACGAACUUAUACGACGGUGUACAAAGCCAUGGCUAUCGUUAGUUGAGACGUGGAUUGGACUGAAGAGCGAAAAGCUUCUUCUCGGUCAAGGGCAAUCAAUGAGCAACAGCUUCGUAGAAGUUGAGCAAUUUCGAAAUUUGACCGAUACAGCUCUGAGACCGGCUACUGUGGACUAUAUCUAUCACCCGGAAUUUGUCCCUUCGUCAUUACCAUCUGAGCAAGCACGUUUGCUGUUUGAGACCGGAAAGGCACUUCGUUUGCUUAAACAGAAUCAGCCGGAUCAUCCUAUUUCAAGAUCCGAUAUCGUCGAAGCUGCAGAAGCUCCGAGCCUUACAUGUGCAUUCUCUUGGACACAUAUCGAAGAGAUACAAAGAAGAGCUAAUGAGUACGAAAGCCGGCUUCGUCGGGAGAUAACGAGGUACAACGGUGGUGAUACUUCACGGCCUCGUGCUGGGACAAGGCAUGGAGAACCAGAGCAUGGCAGAAAGGAAAUGUAUUCAGACGACAUCCCUGACAAUAAUUUUGAGCUCAUUGACCUCGACGACGAGCAGCACGUCACUGGGCUACUUGCCAGCAAUGCACAGAUGGAAUCCGAUAAGUUGUAUCAAGAUACCGAAGGAAAUGAGUUCUUCAGUCCACAAUCACUAAUUCAACAUGAUGCAGCCUUUGGACCACCGUUGGGAUCAGUCUUGUACCUCUCUCUAGGUCCAACUCUCGCAGUGCAAGCUAAACUGGUCGACUUUUCUUGUCUACAUUUACUCUUCAAAAAAUAUAAGCUACGAUAUCAUCUUACAUUACAAUGGCGGUUUCAGCUUCUAGGCGACGGCACAUUUUCUUCGCGGCUAUCCCACUCUCUAUUCGAUCCCGAGAUGUCAAGCGGCGAGCGAAGAUCUGGUGUUGCACGAGGUGGUUUUCAUACAGGUUUACGUCUGGGAAAUCGAGAUACGUGGCCACCCGCUAGCUCCGAGCUCCGACUUGUUCUCAUGGGGCUAUUGAGAGACUGCUAUGAUGCUGGUGAAAGCGAGUUGAUUCUAUCAGCACGGCCAGACGCAGAGGGAAAAGAGUUACCAGGGAACCUCAGUUUUGCCAUACGUGACCUUACCGGCAGCGAAAUGAUAAAAUGCAAGGAUCCCAACGCGAUCGAAGCCCUAGACUUUCUACGUAUGCAAUACAAACCAUCAACCACACUCGAAAGCGUAAUAACACCAAAAUCACUCGAAAAAUACGACCAUCUCUUCAAAUACCUCUUACGAUUGUUACGCAUGGUCUCCGUCGUCAACGGUCUCAUCCGCGAUUCAACGGCACGUACCUCUCUCUCCGGAGAUACGCAUAACAUCUUUCAAGAAUUCCGGAUUGAGUCUCACCAUUUCGUAAAUGCUCUGAAUGAUUAUGCCUUUCAGGUCGCGAUCGGCAUGAAUUGGCAUCGUUUCGAAAGUGCCUUAUCUGCUAUCGAAUCCUGUAUCGACCGUGGCGAUAUAGACGGCACCAUCGAAAUCGCUGGCUCCUUGCACAAAUUACGCAAAUACCACGAAGAUGUCCUCGACCAAAUCCUUUUCUCGCUUUUCCUAGUAGACCCGAAAAAGCAAAGUCGCCGCAGUUCAUCGUUGAAGCAAGUGGCCAAGUUACUACAAGAGAUAUUCGGCACUAUUCUGGCAUUUAUGCCCCUUUCGAAACUUGAUGGGGAACAUGGGUUACGAAGUUCGAACGAAAAGACUGUUUAUCGUCUUCAUGUCACGUUUAGGAAACAGGUGGGCAACUUGGUUCAGUUCUUGAGGGAAUUGGAUGGAAAGAGGGCUUUGUCGACUUCUUCGUCGAAAGGGGGUGAUGCAUCUCGGGGGAAUGCAGGUGGUAUGUCUGCGAGAGGGACGUCCAGUAUCUUUGAGUAUUUGCUUUUGCGGCUGGAUAUGAAGCAGUAUUACUAG